UCGGAAGAUACAAUGGCUGCUCAACGGAAGAAAAAGCAGGAAUAUUUGAAAAGUGAAGAACUUUUCAGAAGGAAAGCUUACCUCAUUAUAACUGAAAUGGUUGAGCUGAGUAUCCAGACUCGAGAAGAUACUUCAGUGUUAGUGGAUGAGAUUCUUCACAGCAUCUUCUUUUUGGGAAGGAUCCAUAAACCACCAAUUUCCCCAGAAAUUAUUCUGAAAGAUGAUGAUGAGGCAGAAAACCUACUCAGCACAUUGAUGUCCUGCUACCCUCGGCCUUUUGAACUCUAUUCCAGUCAGCUGCCCAGGAGGAGUCCAUUUUCAUGUGUGCUAGACAUGACGGUCCUUCUAGUUGGACAAGAGAAUGAAGAGGAAAUAAAAGACAGACUGCAAGAUUUCAUCGAUACGGUGGAGGAAGACGUUCCAUCAAACCAUUUGAUUUCUUCCACCAUCUGUGUCUCUCAAAAAUACAACAAUUCAGUCCGGUACUACGGAGUCUCCAUGUCCACUUCUGGUCGUAAUGCAGGGAAAAUCAUGGUUGCUGCCUCGUGUUUUGGUGCCUGGGAUGAUUAUGUCGCUGAUGCAGUGAUGACCUACUAUCCAGAUAAGGAAAAGUCCAAGAAGGAAUACUUUGAUGGUACCAUCAAAAUACCUGACUAUGUCAGGUGUCAGGCUUUUAAUCUCAAAAGUGGAGGAAAAAUGAAUCCUUGCAAAUCAUGUGGGAAUUUGUUUGGCCUGAGCACAGAUGAAGAAACAGAGUGGCCCUAUGGCAACUGUGCUGAAGUUGAGAGUUUGAGCAACUUGCUAAAAAAUGAGAAUGAAGUUAAAGAGCAGUCACAACCAAGAUCUCCCACAUGGACACCUGAGAACAGGGAGACAGCCAGAGAAAGUGUUCUUCAGGACCUUGGGGCUGUGUUACACACGAUCCAAUUUGAAACCUGGGAUGGUGAACAUUUCUACGACCCUCUGGCAGGAUAGUCAUGAAGAGGGGAGAUACUGUCAUCUGUUGUGAUCUGAUUCGUCAACAAUACAAGAUAACCACUGUUACACCAUGUAAUCAUAAAAUUAACAUUGCAUGCUUUAUCUUCUGGUUGUGCUUAAUAACAGUCAAGAUUAAAUGUAUUCAUAGCAAUCAUUGCAAGCGUGUCAAAAUUUGAAAUGCAGAACAUGCAAAAUAUGUAUGUAAAACAUGUUGUUCGCAAUAAAACCAAACUGUCACCUGAA